AUGCUUGAUUUCACCCACAACAAUGAACAAAACAGGACAGAGGCACAGCUGCCACUCGGCCCGCCUAACACAGACCCAGAGCCUGCUGAGGUUAUCGUAGACCCUGGGGCUGGCGGCCCAGACCCAUCCGGAUCACACCCCGGUACUCCUCCUGAAAGUCCUUCUGUGUCCUUGUGCGGUAUUGGAGGGUCGUCCCCUGGUCGGAAGGGGAAAUGCAAUCCCCAAUGGGUCAGAAGUGGCAAGGAAAGAGUGGUAUACAAAUGGGCAAUAACUGGAAAGGUCAAAAGCGAUACCUGA